AUGGCCCGUUCUCUGACCUGGCGCUGGUGCCCCUGGUGCCUGACGGAGGAUGAGAAGGCCGCAGCCCGGAUCGACCAGGAGAUCAACAAAAUCCUCCUGGAACAGAAGAAGCAAGACCGUGCUGAGCUAAAGCUGCUGCUGCUGGGGCCCGGCGAGAGCGGGAAGAGCACCUUCAUCAAGCAGAUGCGGAUCAUCCACGGAGCCGGCUACUCCGAAGAGGACCGCAAGGGCUUCCGGCCGCUGGUCUACCAGAACAUUUUCGUGUCCAUGCGGGCCAUGAUUGAGGCAAUGGACCGGCUCCAGAUCCCCUUCAGCAGGCCCGAGAGCAAG